GAGGGCGGAGGGGAAGGGGCGGCGGGGCCGGUGCGGGCCGGCCCGAGCGUCCGGGCCCUGCCCUCGGUCCCGUGCCGCGGGCCCCGCCGCCAUGACUCUCGCCGUCUUCUUCGGGUGCACCUUCAUCGCCUUCGGGCCGGCGUUCGGCCUCUUCCUCUUCACCAUCGCCCGCGACCCGCUCCGCAUCAUCAUCCUCAUCGCCGGGGCCUUCUUCUGGCUGGUGUCCCUGCUGCUCUCCUCCCUCAUCUGGUUUAUCGCCGUCAAGGCCAGCGACCCCCGCGAUGAGCCGCUGCAGAAGGGGCUCUUGAUAUUUGGGGUGAUGUUCUCCGUGCUGCUGCAGGAGGCCUUCCGCUUCCUCUACUACAAGCUCCUCAGGAAGGCCAUCGAGGGGCUGGUGGCCCUCAGUGAGGACGGCUGCUCCCCCAUUUCCAUCCAGCAAAUGGCAUAUGUGGCUGGCGUGGGCUUCGGGCUCAUGAGUGGCGCCUUCUCCAUGAUCAAUCUCCUGGCAGACGCGUUAGGACCUGGCACCGUGGGCAUCCAUGGGGACUCACAACUCUACUUCCUGACCUCAGCUUUUAUGACCAUGGUGCUGAUUUUCCUGCACACGUUUUGGGGGAUCCUCUUCUUCCAUGGCUGUGAGCAUCGGCGCUGGUGGGAGAUCACGGCAGUUGUUGUCAUGCACCUCGCAGUUUCGGGUUCGACAUUUUGCAACCCCCUGUAUGUGGGCAGCCUGGUGCCCUCCUACCUGCUGAUGGCCGCUGCUGCUGCCUGGGCUUACCUGCUCUCAGGGGGAUCUGCCCAAAACCUGCGGCGCUUCCUGCUCUGUCAACAGAGCGGAGCCAGCCCCCAGCCAGGAUCCUGAGGCCCUGCAGGAUGUUCCUGUCCCCAGCCACCCCUGCCCUCCCCUCCAUCCUGAUAGCAAGAGCAGCUGUCACCUUCUCUGCAAUAUCUUUUCUUCUGGACUGGGGGAUCCUGGCCAGUCCCGGUGGGAGAGGCACUGGGCUCUGGCUGUGGCAACCAGCCAACUGGUGUGGUUGGGGCUUGCCCGCUCUGACACCCCUUUGGGAGCCCCUGGAGAACAGCUAAGUUUUGGGGGACCCAACUUUGCUGCCUCUGCCACAAGUGGAGCCCCAGUUAGCCUGCCUGGGAAGGAUGCUACCUUGGACUGCCAGAGGCCUGAGCCCAAAGAAGCCCAUUGCUUCACCCGCCUGCCGCAGAAGAUGUACUGUCCCCUGUGCCGGGGAGGGGGUCUGUAGGGCGUGUCCCCACAUCGCCUCCUCGCCGAAGGGUGUAGGAAGCAGCUUUGCAAAGCGCUGCCGCCCUCUCGGUCUGGGCUGACCGCUGCGGUGCUACUUUCUCCGCCUCUUCGCCCCGCCUCUCUGCCCUAGGAGCCACGGCCCCGGCAUUGGACUGCAGUAGCUGCAGUAAGCCGGCAUCCUGGUGCAGGGAGGACGGGGGCUGGGGAGCCGAGGGGACUGACAGCACCCAGGGUGGGAGGGAGAAUGGGAAAAUACAGUACCCAAAGGGCCCAGGGAACAUGGAGGGUGGUGGAGGGCUCAGGAGGAUAUGCAACCCUGCAGCUGGUGCCAGCACAACUUAGGGCUGGGGCUCAAAGAGCCAUUCUAGGGGAUCAUUGCCCUCUCCUGUACUUGGGAGGGGGAUUUUUAGGCGGGCACCAGCCCUAAUGCUGUGCUACAGGGUGGGGAGGGAGAAACUGCCAUUGGGCUCAGGGCUGAGAAGGCAGUUUUACCCACAGUGGGCUUUUAUACCAAUAAAAAGAAGUACCACAGUCAA